AUGAAGCUCGUCUCGAAUUCUUUUGCCCUGAAAUCGGGCGUUUGUUAUUUGAUCCGGAAACUGCAAAUACGUUUCCUGUGUGCUGCGCCGGCCCGAACCCGCUCGUCAAUGAACAAACCGUCGUCGGGCUCUCUGUACAGUAGGAUCUCGCCGUUGGGCGACCCGAGCCUGUCCGUGGCGACCGUGCUUGACCAGUGGAUCGUAGAAGGAAACUAUACGUGCAGAUGGGAGCUUCAGAAAAUUAUUCGCGUGCUCAUGGUGCAUAAAAGAUUCAAACACGCUCUCGAGGUGUCUCUGUGGAUGACCAAUAAGAGAGGCUAUGCCAUUGCUCCUUACGACGCUGCCCUGAGGUUGAAAUUAAUCUGCAAGAACUUUGGCAUAGAACAAGUAGAGAAGUACUUUGAAAAGAUCCCAGAAAAACUUAAGACGUUUCACGUCUAUCUUUCCCUCCUCAACUGUUACACCGUGGCCCGAUCAGUGGACAAAGCCGAAUCCACGAUGCGGAAAGCCAGAGACUUGGGGUACGUCAGCAAACCCAUAUGGUACAACCUCAUGAUGCAGCUGUAUCACAAAGUGGGGAACCGAGAAAAAGUGACUGACCUGUUAACCGAAAUGGAUGCAGAAGGCAUCUCACCCGAUCAGUUCACGUUUUUUGUCUGCAUGAGCUCAUCCGCUGAGUCAUCCGAUGCUGUUGGAAUGGGUAAAAUCUUAAAAAUCAUCGAAUCCGACCCGACCCUCAAUACAGGCUGGCAAGCACACUUUGUGGCGGCCGAGGGCUAUUUGAAAAUGGGCAUGUUUGACGAGGCCCUGGACAUACUGAACAAGAUGGAGAAAAAAUCGGUUAAACAUGAGAAGGAAGACCUAUUGUUCGUUUUCCUCAUCAAGUUAUACGCCGAGGCCCAGAAAAAGGACGCCGUGUACCGUGUUUGGAACCGGCGCAGGAAGACAGGAAAGCUUACCAACAAGGUUUACAUAAGCAUGAUGCGUGCACUCGGAAAAUUUGCGGACAUUGAGGGAAUGGAGAAGAUUUUGGACGAGUGGGACUCGAGCGGGAUGUCUCUCGAUUUCCGAGUCCCGAAUUUCUUGGUUGACGCGUAUUGUUCGAGUGGUCGUUUGGAUCGGGCUGUGGCCCUAAUAGCUAGAGUGGCAUCAAGGGACUGCCGGGACGUGGUGACGUGGUGCAAGCUGGCAGAGGGAUAUGUGAAGGAAAAUCAAAUGCCCAAGGCCGUGGAGGCCCUGAAGAAGGCUAUGGCAGAGUGUGCCCCUAAUGUUGGUGCUCGGGAGACUUUGGCAGCUUGUUUGGAGUGUCUAGGGAAAUGUGGGAACUGGGAGAAGGCUAUUGAGUUGGUGAAGUCUGUGAGGAUGAGAGGUGUUUGUCGGGAGGGGGAUAUAUCGAGAUUGAUGAGAGAUGUGGAGUUUGAGUCGUGCGUGAAAUAA